UUCGCCUCUGAUUAGAAAUCCUUGGAAAAGGGGGUCGGACAGGGCACUGUACUCAAAUUGCUUUAUUGUUCCAGGGGGCUGCAGGAAAAACACGCAGGGGGUGUUUUGCACAAGUUGUAAAGUUAAAUGGUGAAGUGGCCGAUUUGAACCGAGCAGCAGGAUGUCUGAGUUCAGCGAGGAGCCGCGCUUCACUAUUGAGCAGAUAGAUCUGCUGCAGCGGCUGCGUCGCUCCGGCAUGACCAAGCAGGAGAUCCUGCACGCGCUUGAAACUCUGGACCGGCUGGACCGGGAGCACGGCGACAAGUUCGGCCGCCGCACCUCUUCCUCCUCCUCCUCCUCGUCCUCCUACGGAGUAGGCGGGGCAAACGGCUGCACCAACAACUCUGCCUCUAACACAACCACGUCAUUCAACAAUAACAACACUGCCUCUGCAACCACCACCUCUUCCGUGUCAUGCAACGGCAACAACGCCGCCAUCAACAACGGCGAGGUCAGCGCCGGCGAUCACUCCGUGGCCACUGCUUCCUCCACGACCUCCAAAAUCUCCACCGCCACGCAGACGCAGUUCGGCAGCGGUGGGGGGCUCUCGCCAUCUCCUAGCAACAGCUACGACACCUCUUCGCCUCCAGGUCCGCCGCCGCCUUCCGCCAUCCUUCCCUCGCCGGUGUCACUGGUGGCGCUGUCACAGAACGGGCGCGACAGCCUAGCCGCAACACCCAACGGGAAGCUUUCGCCGCCUCGUUACCCAGUGAACAGUGCGGCGGCAGCCCGAGCCUUCGGGUUCGAAGCCUCAGAAGAAGAUCUAGACGUUGAUGAUAAGGUGGAGGAGCUGAUGAGGAGGGACAGCAGUAUGGUGAAAGAGGAGAUCAAAGCGUUCCUGGGGAACAGGAGGAUCUCUCAGGCAGUUGUGGCACAAGUCACCGGCAUCAGCCAGAGCAGGAUCUCUCAUUGGCUGCUGCAGCACGGCUCUGACCUGAGUGAGCAGAAGAAACGGGCCUUUUACCGCUGGUACACGCUGGAGAAAACCACUCCAGGUGCCACUCUGAACAUGCGGCCUGCUCCGUUGCCCCUGGAGGACAUGGAGUGGAGGCAAACCCCGCCGCCCCUCGCUACUGCCCCGGGAACCUUCAGGUUGCGUCGGGGAAGCCGCUUCACUUGGAGGAAAGAGUGCCUGGCUGUGAUGGAGAGCUACUUCAACGACAACCAGUAUCCAGAUGAGGCCAAAAGGGAGGAGAUAGCAAACGCCUGCAAUGCUGUUAUUCAGAAACCAGGGAAGAAGCUGUCUGAUCUGGAGAGGGUCACCUCCCUCAAAGUUUACAACUGGUUCGCCAACCGUCGCAAAGAGAUCAAGAGACGGGCUAACAUUGAAGCCACAAUUCUGGAGAGUCACGGGAUAGACGUCCAGAGUCCAGGGGGACACUCCAACAGCGACGACAUCGAUGGGAACGACUUCUCAGAGCAGGCAUGUGACCUGCCCUAUUUUGACAAGAGACCUCUCAGCCGACCUUUUGGCCUUUACCGACUGGAGCCCACCUCGCCAACACAGGACGACAGCGCAGCACACAUCGAGCACCAGGACCCCAUCUCUCUGGCUGUGGAGAUGGCCGCCGUCAACCACACCAUCCUGGCCCUGUCCAGAACCGGAGGGGUGCCCAGCGACAUCAAGACGGAGUCCCUGGAGGAUGAAUGAAUGACCCACCCCCCCUCCCCGACCCCCCAGCCCUGCACAGGAAGUGGGAUGGAGGAGGUGACGAGAGAAACGAAAAGAGUCGGGAGGGGAGAGGGAACGAGGAGUAGAAAAGGUGCGAGACAGGAGGAGGGGAGGGAGGCUUAAUAAAGAGAACAAAAUAACGCUACUUAGUAAACCUUCUGAAUCUGUCCCUCAGCCAACCCCCCUCCUGCCAAAUGUUCCUCCUCUCCUGACUUCCCUCUCCCUCCCCUCCUCCCAGAAAGUCCAUGUAAACAGUAAUUACCCUCCUCCCUUACCCCCACCCCCACCCCCACCCCUUACCCUGCCCUAUGUAUUGACACAGCUGACGCAAAUGGGUCACUAUACAUCCUCUUAUCUCCAAGUCCGACGGAAAGAAGAAAAAAAAAAAGAAACGGAGGGGGCAAUACAGGCCUUCAGCACCCAUAAACGGUGGCCCUUGUCUGGGAUUGCUUCACCCUCCUUACAGGAUACCUCUUCUCUUUCCUCUUCCUCAUCCACACUCUCUUACUCCCCUUACCCCCCCUCCAUCCUUUCUUCCCUCUCCAGCCUGGUUGUCUGAGCCGAUCCUCAGUCUAUCUAUCUCACCUCAACGUCAACCUCAGAAAAAUAACGUAUACUGUAUAUAUAAUAUAUAUGGUUCUUAUGGUUCUCAGUCACACUCACCUCAUGGUGUGCUACCUACCUACCUACCUACCUACAUACCUACCUACGUACCCUCAGAAUUCACCCUCUACAUUGUGCAAUUUGUUGGAAGAGCAACCUCCAGCCUCCUUGGGAAAGACAGAUUGAGAGAGAGAGAGUUUCUUUCUCUCCUUCUGCGGCUCUGAGGUGGCCAGAAAGGAUCAUAUCGGCAGUCAGAAGUGUCCAGUCACUGUCAUUUACCUUUUUCUUCUAACUCAAUAGCUGUCAUUCCUUACAGAGGAAUGGCUUUUUUUUGUUUUCCUACGAUAAAGCAGCUGUUGGAUGAAAACCUCUAAAAAUAAGUAGCCUUAAUAUCAUACAACCAUGCCUUUUUUAUUCUCAGUAUAUAGCAGGUUUUCCUCCCGUCUGUCAGCAAUCAGAAAUACUACUCACGCACUUAAGAUGAUCAUUCAUUAUUUUAGUCCACAUCAAUAAAAGUCAGAUAAACUGUAGUUUUAAGGUUUCCAUCCAACAGCAGCAAUGAUUUUAAGUUCCUUCAGUUGCAUUUCUCUUUUUAUUUUUGUAGCUUAAAUGGCGACUGAAUAUACAAUCAUUUUUGCCUUUUGAUAUUAAGCUUCCCAGUGACACUAUUGUUAAGUACUUGAGGCUAUGAGAAUCAAUUAAGGGUCAAUGUGAUAAUCAAGCAAACUUAAGAUAUCUAAUAAUGGGAAAUUGUGCUUUUGUUUUAAAUGUCAUCCAUGCCAAAGGAAAAGUUACUAAGAGGAUCUUAAGAAGAAGCUCACUCUAGGUUCAUUUUUUUUUUUUAAUGUUAAGUUGAGAUCUAACAGUCUUGAGCACCAGAGACUGACCUGAGAACGGUGUUCAAGUUCAUCCAAAGUGAUUUCUACUAACUCCUUUGGCGAACCAAACAUUGGGUUUUUUUGUGUUUUUUCCUCAAGCUCAGUGAAGUCUCUUGAGCCACUGUGGCGUCGUAUGUGGGCUUGACACUACAGCAGGCCUGUGUCAGCAAAGGUAGAUAUAGCAGCCAGACAUUUAAUGAUAAAAUACCCCUCAGCUAUUUACUACUUGUUCUGUGACGCUGCCUCUUUAUAAUAGCCUAAAGAAUGUGCUUUCAGAAGAUUUUUUAAAAAUGUCAUUGGUAUGAAAUUAGAACUUCUGAAGGUUUUGUUUUUUUAUUUUAUCUAAAUAGCCUCAAAGGUAAAAAGCGCCACUUUGAAGGGAAUCAGAAUCAAGGACACUCAAAGUGGUAAUAUUGGAAAUCAUUUUCCACUGUUUAUUUUUUAUUAUUUUUUUAGCCCAGGGUGAAACUUCUCCAAAACCAUCUUUGUUCUGAAGAUCAUCGAAACAUCACAAGCAGAGACAAAGUGCUGUGUUUCUUAAAGGUAUGAGGCCUGUUUCUGGUGGCUAGCUAAACGUAGGUAAGUUAAGUAUAAGCACAGUUUCAGAUUAAUAUUGAUGGCUUCAAAUUUGGCUCUGGGGUAAAGGAAUAGUUGACAUUUUGGGAGGUAUUGGUUUUCUUGUCCAGAGUUAAGAUGAGUGAUAUCAGAAUAGAGUCAGGAGACAUUUAGCCUAACUUAGCAUAAAGACAGGAAACGGUUAGCCUGGGUUUGUCUAAUGUAAACACUAGCACUUCAAAAGCUAACUAAUCAGCAAGUUUAUCUUUUUUUUUGGUCAAUUGUGUAACUGUAAAAAUGUAUCAUGUUGUUUUUUACGACUACAUGUUAAGCAUCUCCUGCACACAACCUCUAUGGAGCCAAAUUUUAGUUUUUAUAGAGAUAUAUUAAUAACAUUUAGAGGUGCUGGUAGGCAUAUUUUAUUACAUUUGGGCCGAGCUAGACUAGCUGUUUCCUGUCUUUGUGCUAAAGUAAGCUAGCCUAAGCUAAAUCAACUGACUCUUACUAGCUUCAUAUUUAGCAUGUAGAAAUGAGAGUGCUAUCAAUCUUCUCUUCUAACUCACAUUAAAAAAAACAUUAAUAAUAUUUCCCAAGAUGUCAAACUAUAUCUUUAAAGGAGCCCCUGCCUUAGUGAUGGUUUUGGAGAACUGGAAAAUAUUCUACAAAGCAGGAUUAACCAAAGCAGGAACUCUGAGACAGAAAUAUAAUGAUAUUCCUCAUGUUUUUAAGAUUUGGACUUCGUUGGAGGUGAAUCAAGUAAGCUAGUGUAGUUCAUAAUAUCGGCAGUGUUUCCUGUUUAAAGCUUCCUUGUUAACUUGUUGAUCCCUCUUGUAGAAAGUCUCCAGGGACCCUGGGCUCUAGUCUAGUAAAGCUCUAUUUAAAUAUACUGCUUCAAUGUGUACGAAGCUGCAAUACAGUGACUCAGUACUGGGACCUGUGUUUCAAAAAGAAAGGGUUGAAAGAGUUACAAAAAAAACAACAAAACUAAAAAAAAAACAAUAUGUAUUUAUACUCAUUUUUUAUGGUAAUGUACAAAAUAAUGACAUAUGUUUUGAAAUGAAACAUGCUUUUAUUGUUAAAUUAAUCAUGCUUUUUAAUUUCUCCUGACUUAUUUUUCUAUUAUCAUUUUACAUUUUUUUUGUGUCAUCCCUUUAUUUGACUGAACAACAGUCUCUCCCCCUGUGUGUGUCUGAGGUAGUAAGCUAUUUUGUGAAAGACAAACGAUGAUGCACCUUAUAAAAAAAAAGAAAAGAAAAGAAAUCUAAAUCUCGCUGUCGACUAAGCUUGAAAUGUAACGUUCUCCCCCCCCCCCCCCCCGAGCCUUCCUUGAAAUUUCAGACGUCCAAUGUACUACGAUGGGGCUGGUGUGAAAAAAAACAUUUCAGUACAGCUGCUUCACACACACCAUAUCGUAUUAAAUUAAAUCCCCAGUAUGUGCUGUUCUCCCUUAAAAUGAUGCCACACCUAACUCCAUAAUGAAAGCAUAACUGGAGCUUUAAAGGACCUUUUAAUACUUUAAAAAAGUAGAAGAGAUGGACCCAAAGUGCUAAAAAAAUGUCAUAAGGUGGACUAUUCCUUUAAAACUUCAAAAUAGGGAAUAGUCAGAAAGGAGUACACUUUAAAAAUACUUCACAUUUUUACUCAUUUGCAGUAUCUGGCAAACCUUAAAAAAAUUUAAUUUGGAAGGAUUUAAUGUGGAGUUUGGUGUGACAUCCUUUUCCCCACUCAAAGAAUAUUGUAUGUUUAGAAAUAGUAAAAAAAUUAGUCGUGCGUGGAAGGAAAGAGUGCAUUUUGAGAUUAUUCUCUCACUUAAAGACACUUUUUUAAAUGAAUUGCCUUCAUGUUGUGUGAGGCCCAAUUAGCAAAUACGAGUUUUAAUCCACCAGUAUUUUAUGUGAGUGUUCAAAGCUUGAAAGAAAUGUUUAUGGGUUGGAAGGAGCCGUCAGGUGCUCAAGAAGUCAAUAAAGAUUUGUUGCUUCUCCAGGAGGAAACUUGAUUAAUCUAAGAUACGGACUGAAACCUGAGACAGGCUUUCCCCUCCUCGCCCGAUGUUGUGUGUACUCCAGUGGUAGUGCUUACUCUGAAGGGGUUUCCUCUCGUGGUGUGUCAGGGUCAACAUGUCUACAUGUCCUUCUGUGUCCCCCCAGUGAAACACCAUCCACUUCAUCCCAAUAUAGCUCAGAAAAAGAGGACUGAAUGCUGUUGUAUCAAUCUCAAAUCUAGUUAUGUUCAAGAUUACUGUAUUGCCCAUUUCAGAAUUUAGUGCCUUUUUUGGACAGUAGACUGUUCUGUAAUUAAGAUGUAGUAUAUAUACAUUUUUUUGUACAGUUUCUUUGUUCAUUUUUUAACUUGUGUUUAUUUUAGUAUGAUAUAUAUAAUGUACAAG